GCCGCAGGCGCUGGGAGAGCGGGAAGCCCGAGGGGGCGGGGCGGAGGGCGGCGGCCGGCAGGUGCGGGGGCGCGAGGAUGCGGGUGACCCGCGAGUGCCCGUAGGCAGCGCCCCGCGUGCAAGGCGCGGCGGGCCGCGCGGCCGCUCCUCCGCGAGGCUGCGCGGCGGGGUUGGCCGGGCCGGAGGAGUGCCCGGCAUGUCGCAAGUGCUCCCGGCGGCCGGCAGCGUCCUGCAGAGGAGCGUCGCGGCGCCGGGGAACCAGCCGCAGCCGCAGAGCCCAGACGAUGAUGACCGGAAGGUCCGAAGGAGAGAAAAAAACCGAGUUGCUGCUCAGAGAAGUCGGAAGAAGCAGACCCAGAAGGCUGACAAACUCCACGAGGAGUACGAGUGCUUGGAGCAGGAGAACACUGUGCUGCGGCGAGAGAUCGGGAAGCUAACAGAGGAGCUAAAGCACCUGAGCGAGGCACUGAAGGAGCACGAGAAGAUGUGCCCGCUGCUGCUGUGCCCCAUGAACUUUGUGCCGGUGCCCCGGCCGGACCCUGUGGCUGGCUGCCUGCCCCGAUGAAGCCCGAGGCUCGUCGUCCUCUGCCGACGGAGGAGCCUUGGUCUUUUUCACACCUGGUGGGGGAAUGGUUCCCUCUGUGUCUGUGUCCAGGGGGAACCGGUGGCCAGGUCACCUCCUCGGAGCUCCUGGCCGUGUCCUCAGUGCACAGCUACCACAGGACGCUCCCGAGGGCGCCUCUCGGAGCCCUGAGUGGAUCUGGGCCGGGAGGCCACUCUCAGGAGUCCCCUCAGUCCACUCUGGCAGCUAGUAGUUUCCAUGUUGUGCAGAAUUAUUUCCUCUAGAAUUUGGAGAAUAAAAGUGGUUAUGAUCUCUC